AUGGAAUCCAUUUCUCUCCCCAAGUAUCACGGAGUUCUCCAAAUAGGUGCUUCAUUAUGUUUCAAGUAUUUGAUGCAUAGGUUCUUGACGUUUAUUCUGGGCAAGAAUGGUUCAUGGUUAAUAUCUGGAACUCAAUCUUAUUACGGAAGUGAAGAUGUUUUUCAUUUUACAUCUUUGCCCCUUUCCGGACUUAUUUUUGUGUUAAAUUUCUCUCUGGAGUUGAGCUCUGUUGCCACUGGCGGCAUAAUUAUUUCCUCACGCACUUAUUAUUCCUGUUUUCAUCCCAGAUGGUUAAAAGAGCAGAAAAAGUUAAAUAUCUUUGUGGAGCCACAAGUUAAAACUGAACUUUUGACAGAGUCAUCGUACUACAACUUUGUACAAACCUGGCAAGAUGACAAGGAAAUGCUGCUUCUGCAUAUGAAAGUUGACCUUGUUGUGACUCUGGGUGGAGACGGAACUGUUCUUUGGGCUGCAUCCAGGUUCAAAGGGCCAGUUCCUCCCGUCGUCCCAUUCUCUUUAGGUUCACUUGGCUUCAUGACCCCAUUCCAUAGUGAGCAUUACCGUGAGUAUCUUAAUUCUAUCCUUCGCGGUCCCAUUAGUAUUACGUUAAGACAUCGAUUGCAGUGCCAUAUCAUUCGGGAUUCAGCUAAAAGUGAAUACGAGAGUGAAGGACCAAUGCUUGUCCUGAACGAGGUUACAAUUGACCGUGGAAUUUCAUCCUUCCUCACAAAUCUGGAAUGCUAUUGUGACAACUCUUUUGUUACUAUUGUACAAGGAGAUGGUUUAAUAUUAUCAACGCCGUCUGGGAGCACGGCAUAUUCCCUGGCUGCUGGAGGAUCAAUGGUUCAUCCUCAGGUUCCGGGCAUCCUGUUUACACCAAUCUGCCCACACUCACUAUCCUUUCGGCCUUUNUAA